UUAGAACAACAUAAUUUUAUGUAUACGAUCUUCCGAUGAGAAAAGGGCAAGCCGAAAAAACACAGAGAUUUUCCUCAGGAGAGUGAUCCAAGUCUUCUCUAACGAUGUUACAUUGAUGAACAGUAUACGAGAGAAGAGAGAAAAUAUCCACCUUCCUAUUCUCGGCAGCCCUGCGCUUCCUAUGCCAAUAGAAGCAAUUAGACUGCAGUAAAGGGCCCUGUGAAAUAGACAAAUCCGAUGCAGACGCAACCGGCAAUCGUUGGGCUACAGACUCUUAUGAGAUUUGGUUUUGUGACCGGGAUCGGGAAGUUCAUGAUUCGUGACAUUCUGCAGGAGUGAAGGACGGUUAUGUUGUAUGUUUUCAGGUGUUAGACUUGGCAGGUAACCUGUAUUUAAGAGAGGACAGGCCUAUUUCUUGUUGAUCUGCAGUAGACCUACGCAAAGUGGCAGCCAUUUUGUGCUGCUCUUCCAAACCUAAACUCAUUCUCUGUGUGUGCAGCCACUACUGUCUAGUCAGAUGGCAGGCACCAAGCUAACCAACCAUCAUCAGUUCAACUAUCAUCAACUCAAUUCACAGUUCUACCAUGUUACCGUCGGAGACACACAUUUCCAGAUCCUCAAGAGAUACAAGAACCUCAAGAGCGUCGGCAGCGGCGCCCAAGGUCUAGUUGUAGCUGCCUACGAUGUCCUCACAAACCAGAGUGUCGCUAUUAAGAAACUAAGUCGACCGUUCCAGAAUGUCACGCAUGCCAAGCGAGCGUACAGAGAGUAUAUCCUCAUGAAAUUGUGCAAUCAUAAAAAUAUUAUUGGUCUCCUAAAUGUGUUCACGCCGCAGCGGACGUUCGAUGACUUUGCAGAUAUAUACCUAGUGAUGGAACUAAUGGACGCUAGUCUGGUCCAGGUUGUUCAGAUGGACCUGGAUCAUGAGAGGAUCUCCUACCUUCUCUAUCAGAUGCUCUGCGGCAUCAAACAUUUACACAGUGCAGGGAUUAUCCACAGAGACUUAAAACCCAGCAAUAUAGUAGUAAAGACAGACUGUUCGCUGAAGAUCCUGGACUUUGGUCUAGCCAGGACAGCUAGUACUAGCUUCAUGAUGACCCCUUAUGUUGUUACCAGGUACUACAGAGCACCAGAGGUCAUCCUAGGCAUGGGAUACAAAGAAAAUGUUGACAUCUGGUCCAUAGGCUGUAUAUUCGGUGAGAUGAUCAGAGGGCAGGUCAUGUUCCCCGGCUCAGAUCACAUUGACCAAUGGAACAAAAUUGCCGACCUCCUCGGGACACCAACAGACAUGUUCUUAAGCAGACUACAGCCCAUGGUCAAGCAGUAUGUAGAGAACAGGACAAAGUGUCCAGGAUAUUCCUUCGAGAUGCUGUUCCCUGAUGAACUCUUCUAUCAGGCAGAAAGUAGUACAGAGAAGACAAAACUAUGUGUUGCACAAGCGAGAAAUUUGCUCUCAAAAAUGCUCAUCGUGGAUCCAGAACAGAGGAUAUCAGUUGAUGAAGCACUCCAACACCCCUACAUCAAUGUAUGGUUUGACCCAGGCGAAGUAUAUGGACCCCCUCCAAUUCCCUAUGACCAUUCGAUAGAUGAGAGGGAUCACAGUUUAGAAGAAUGGAAAGACGAGAGAGAGCGUUCGUUAGAUGAUUGGAAAGAGCUGAUGUUCAAAGAAGUGAUGAAUGCGAUGUACCAGUCAAACUCCAUCAUGCUCGAUCCUGUUAGCGAUAUGAUGUCAAAAGAAAAUGGACAUGAUGAGCACCAUCCAGAUCACAGACAAGGCAGGAAUUCAUCAAGUAGUAGAGGCUACCUCAAAGGCCACGCCCACUGCGAGCAGGGGGAGGAGCUUCAAGGAGCUGCAUCGGCAGCAGGGCCCGCCCCCAUGGCUGCCGCAGCAGCAACAGCAGCGACAGGAGCCGUCUCAAAGAGGUAGCCAGGAAUGACCUCACUAACCUUUGACCUGGGACCGAAGCCAUUGCCGCAACCCCUUCAUGUUGUUACUCUCACAAACCGUCUGUCGUUGCGUUGGCUGUCUCUCUGUGGGAGCACAGCUGUGCGAUCACAGAUCGUUGAUUACUUCGUUUUGAUUCUCAAAUAUUCCUGCCUUCUCCUCAGUUGUAGCAUACCUGUAAUUCUUGGUGGAUAUAUUGCAAUCUUGAUAAUGCCAGCCUAUUAUGGAAUUAUCAGAUGUGUGUGUUUCUAAGGUUGCUCUUUGCACUUCUUUUGAUAAUAUCACUAGUUGUACCCAGUCAUUCAUAAAAAAAAGAGAAUGUUCCAGAUCAAACGCAGGUUAAGUCGUGUGACAAGUGGUGCCUGUAAUAUCAGGAUACAUAACAGAUACUUAGUUUGAGCGCUUUUAAAGUUCACUAUUCACAGACAGAAGCAUGAGCUUGGCCUUACCGAAGGCUAAUGACACUUGCCAAAUCUUUCAUUUGGUCUCUUUGAUAUUUAGAAAUUUCAAUCAUGUGUCACACAAAUUAUGGAUUAUAUCCAUUCUUCUGAGUUGGUUAAUCAAAACCUUAUGUUAUGCAUCUAGUCCUUAUUGUUGUAGGUUCCUCUCUUUGCUUACGAAGAGGCAUAAACUUGCUGUUACUGCUGUGAGUUGAGCUAGAGUUUAAAUCUUCACUUAUUAGAAUGUAAACAAGCAGGGUUGUUGUCUUUUAUUUAGUAGCACAAUGUAAUAUCUCACAUUGGGAUAAAUACAGGAUAUAUUUCAUUGUCUGCCAUGAAUGAGUUGACUGAAAUUUAUUAACUUAGCACUGAAAGAAUCUGAGGUGCCUUGAAUACAACAACAUGAGGGGUUGGUUGGUGGCAGAAGGUCGUAGGUAAAGUUAGUCACUUUAAGGUACAACAGCAUGGUCUCCACGAUGUCCUUAACACCUUUAUGUUUUUUUCUUAUUUUCAUUGCUACAAAGUCGUUUGGAUCCAUUGCUACUUUUGCAAGAGUAGCAUCUAUGUUUACAAAAUCAUGUACUAAUGAAAAACGAAGAAAUUGGGAGAGAUGUAUAUCCCUCCCUUGUUAUAAAAAUUGCUGUUCUAAAGUUGUAUGUAUACAAGAGAAGUAAUAACUAUUAUUAUCUUAUAAGAAUAAAAAUAACUAGAAAGCUUUGUACAUAUUGUUGAUAGAGAAAACGAGUCAGGAGCUCUGUGUGCAUAAAGUCUUCGAUAGUGAGUCAAAACUGCUAAACUGCCGGAUGGAGAGAAAAAAAUAUUGCCAAGGGGCUUGUUGUUGCAAAGUGUGUCAGCGUAACAGGUUCUGUAUUGCUCUAUAAUUUUAAGUUAUGCAUUACUGUUGUCAUGGAAAGAGCGAAGCAAGCUGGUAGAAAUCAUGCUGUACUUGUUUAUAAUAUGUCCAGUUGUGCCCCCCCUUUUUUUUUUAUAGUGUUUAUGUCUGAAAAUUGUUCCUGUGUAGUGCAUUGAAUGCACUAUGGAGUUGAAUGUCUUAAAUUAUGACAAUUUCGAUUUUUGUAAUGAAGCUGUUGGCGAAAUCGGAUGAUGAAAGAUAUUAUACAUGUAUUUGUCAAGAAAUUCAGUUCAAAUAAGUCAAGAUUUCAAAAUACAGAUUGGAUAAAUGGAUAAUUUCCAAUAGUGCAAAAGCAAAAUGAAAUUUCAUCAUCCAGAAAUGGUCAAAAUACCCUCUAUUGCCAUGACGAUUUUUUCUCAAAAUAUUCCUCAUGCAUGGUUUGGCUACAGCUGGCUUGUAGGAAUAGGGCCAAGCAUUUUAGAUUCUCUCCGAGUGCUUGCGUUCGGGUUGUGCAUUCGCACGAUGCAACCAUCAAAGGGGAAAUACAUUUGUACUAAAAAUUUUUGUCUAGGUUGUAUAUAUAUAAAUAUAUAUAUCUGUUUUAUGUGAAUGUCCUUUCAUUCUGCGUGAUGUCAUGAAACUGUUCGCACUUUUCCUUGUUUCCCUGCUGCCAAGUUUCAUGUGAACAACCCCUUUCCCCAUAGCAUUCCAGGUUAGUAGCCACUCAAGCCUGCUAUGACACUGCUUGAAAAACGUCUGUUUAGCGAUAUGUAAACAAGACAUCUUUGUACCUCAAUUUUGAGUUAUCGAUGUGGUGCCUUGAUAAGCAUACAGCAAAAAAUAAUUUAUUCACUUGUCGUUUGUGCACUUAAUCUGGGAGACAAAAUGCCCCAAAUGCUUCUUUGCAUUACGAUAUUACAACCUAAGAAAAUUGUUUAGUUUUUUCCAAAGAUUUAUUUGGUAAUUCUGUCAUGAUAUCACACUUGCUUUUAUUUAUUCUACUACCUUAUGCAUUCUUAAAAAAAAUGUCAACAAUUUGUUUAAAAAAAAAAGGAAACUUAAUAAUGGUAGUGCAAAAACUUAUCACUGCAAAACAUAUAUCAUUCUUGUUUGCCUUUCAUUAUAAAUUUUUUGGCAGGCACUAUGUGUUCUUUAAGUUCAAGCCAUGUUUUGUUGUCAUUGCAAUGCUCUUAAUAUUCCAAAGUUUGCUAAUUCAAAGUGAAUUUGUUUUUUUUUGGAUAAAAAUCAGAAUUUAAAACUAUGGCAGCAGCUUCUCAAUAUGAUUGAUCAUUCAAAUAUCAACUUCUCUUCGCCUCGUUCAUUCUCUUCCAAAGUUUAUCAUUUUAACGAGUCAAUGCCUGGAUUGUGUGUGUGUAACUCUUGUUCGAGAAAAUCUUGGCAGCAUGGUUUCAAAUAAAAGAUGGAACAAACUUCUGAGAUUAUCCCCUUGAGUUUAGCUUUUUAAAUUCAUAUACAGAUUUCCUAAUGGAAACGUGAAAGAAAAAAAAAUUAUCUAUGAAUAUUCUGUACAAAUUUAUCUCAAGUGUGAAUAGGUUUUGUGUAUGUAUAAACAGAUUUUUGCCUCACAUAUUUGGCAAGAAAUUUGCUUUGAGGUUUGAAAAGGAAGAAAAAUUAACAAAAAAUAUAAGAGGUGUGUUGCUCCAUAUCUACGUAUUCUGUAUAAUUUCUAUAGAGUGUUAAGAUUUUAGGAAUCUCAGUACAUAGAAAAAUUAAUGAAAGUAUGAUGAUUAUUAUGAUGAUGAUAGUGGUAAAAUUGUGAAUAUUUCAACCUACAGAAAAUUGAAGAAAAAAAAAUCAAACUGUUUUUUGUGAAUGUGAAAAAAAAUGAAAUGCAGAGAGGCGCUCCAUUGUUUGAAUGAAAGCCUCAAUUUAUUUUUAUUUCUUGUUUUGAAAUUUUGAAAAAAAUAGAUGCCUUUUUCUUGUUUGCAUUUGGAGAUGAAGCAAGAAUAUUUGCUUCUUUGGAUGUCAUAAUGCCGUUAAAACAUUAACAUUUAUUUAGAUUUAUGAAUAGAAUUCCAUGGAUCCGUGAAAGUGGAGUUUAUUGAUUGAUGCACACAUUUUAUAUUUUCUGAGACACCAUUUUUUUUAGACAUAUUCUUGCUCCAUCUCCAACCAUUUUAUUCAAUUGUACUUAAUUUGAUAUCUUUAAUACUCUCUCUCUCAUUCUUUUAUUCUGUCUAUUUCCUUCUAACUUAACUCUUUGUUUUUUCUCUUUCUUUCAAAGAUCUAUGACUUUAUAACAUUCUUUAUUGCUCAAUAUAUGUUUCCUCUACAUUUUGUUGUUAUUUUCCAAGGUUUUAUUUUCCUUGUAAAAGUUAAGUCUUUAAUCAUGUAAAAAGAAACCAGAUUUUUUCUCCAUAAUUUAUUGGUCGUAUGUGAAAUACUGUUUACGUGGUGUCCCUCAUACUGUUCAAAUAAAAAUUCAGUUACAAGAA